CAGCCGACGGCAGAAAGAAACGCAGAGGAACAACGUGUCACGUUAGCAUAAACACAUAGCAUAGCCGCCCAUUAUUCAGUGUGUGUUGCGAGGUGUGCGCUUGUGCUCGACUAACAUCCCGACAGGACACGAUUCGUCGAGAGAGAUAUCCUCCCCAGCGACGACGCCACUGCGGGCGUGUUGCACCCUGAAGGUCACGUUCCAUCCGGUACAGUGACACUGUACCACCGCUGGCAGUCCUGUGACCCGAGAAAAUAAUGUGCUGCAGCUGAAGAUGGGUGGCAGCGGCUCCAAGUCCAAAGGAUUUUGGCCUUUCUCGGGCUCCGGCAGUGUGGACGACCCGACCAAAGAUGGAAACGAGCAGCCACUGGCGAGAGUUCGAAGUUUCCUGGGCGCGACACCUUUUGUGUUAACAAGACGAAGCUCUUUGUUCUAUGAUGAAGAUGGCGACUUGGCCCACGAGUUCUAUGAAGAGACAAUUGUGACGAAGAAUGGGCGUAAAAAGGCCAAACUGAAAAGGAUUCACAAAAACCUAACACCUCAGGGAAUUAUAAAGCUGGACCACCCGUGCAUCCAUGUAGAUUUCCCAGUUGUCCUCUGUGAAGCCUGACAAUGUCUGAGGAUCGUCUCAGACUCUCGCCACUGUGUCAACUCCGUCCCGUGGUUUCCCCCUCAGCUGGAAGCCUGAACCACUUUUUAAAAUGACAUGAUCUCUUGAUAUUUUUGAUGCUCUUACAUGGACAGGCAGCCGUGAUGAUGCUAAGCCUCUGCAUGUGAUCCUUUGGCUCGUGUGCAGACACAGAAUAGGUCACAAGUGGGGAUUAUAGAAGGAUGCCAAGUUGGCAAAACCUACUCAGUUUACAGACCAUGGUUUGUGUGCAUGUACGUGUGAAUAUGUGUGCAGACGCAGGAGGAAAUGUGACACUCCUGAAUUUGUUGCGGCAGAUUGUUUUCUGGUUUGAUUCACUGAACUCUAGAAAGAUAUUUCUCUUGUCACGGUCAUAUAUAUAUAUAGAGAGAGAGAGAGAGAGAGCAGGAACGUUCAGGUGCACACAGUAGUUUUUUUGACCCCAUCAUGACUUGCGUUAUUAUGCAUGGAACAGGAUUUGCUUAUCAGUAACAUCCAAAGGAGUUGACAAUCAGUGGCCCACAAAAUCUGAAGUGGAUUAACGUCUUAUUAUCAUGUUAGAUGGACUGGCUUCAUUGACCUCCGAGCCUCACGUGUACACCGCAGCAGUCAGUUUAGUGAGAGAUCUUGUUGUUUUCUUUGCUGCUUUGGCAUAUUAUGUCUCACUUUUAAUUUAUUAUAACUGUUUUUUAAAUUACAAAUUGAAAUGGUGAA